AUGUGGGGCUUCGAUGAUUGUUGCAGUCGCUGUAAAACUAAUGACGCGGUCGUGUACGAUCACGUGAAGAACAAUGCUUCUUCUUCUGAUGACGACAAUUUGAAGAACCUUGGCUUCGAUCACCUUGCCGUGGCCACCACGCAACAGAGUAACGCUUCUUCCGAUGAUGCCACCAUCAUCGCUUCUAUGUCCGAUAGGUUGAAUCUUCUUGCGACAGUCAAGAAUCAGGAUACUGAUAUCUCAGAACAAAUAAAGGGACAAAUAAACAUACCCAACAUUCGUUUUGCUGCUUCUAUCUACAUAGCCUGUAGACAAAAUGGCAUGACGUUGAGUAUCAAAGAAAUAUCUUAUGUUGCCGAUGGAGCAGAAGAGUCCAAGAUUACCAAUGCAGUCAGAUCUGUAGUUAAAAAACUUGGCCUCCCUCCUCAGUUGAUGCACAUCAGAGCUGCUGAGUUUGCAAAGCGGUAUUCCACUAACCUUCAAAUGGAUAGCCAAGCCGUUAAAGCUGCUGAAGAAGCUGUGGAACGUUGUACUGACCAUGUUAACAGGUACUGAGUAGAUAUGUAAG